UGUAGAAUAGAGGCUAAAUAUUUUCAUUGUAUUUGUAAAGAAAUUCAUUAUUGACUUUAUCUGUGGUAAGACAAUUUUUUAUAUAGAAAUACUGAUAAAGUCGUUAAUGAGCUUCCAAUUGAAUAUUAGUAAAUAUGUAAAUAUUAAGAAAUAUUAAGUAAAUAUGUUAUAAUUAAAAUUAUUUAACAGAAUUGACGAAUUCGUACGCAGAUAUACGAAUUGAAAAAGUAUUUCAAAUUGAAUAUUUAUAAGUUUUUAAAUAGAUGCUUUUUUGUUAUAAUUAUUUUCACCAUGCGUUUAUUUUUGCGAAAAUUUAUCUAUCGUUUAUAUUUUGUUUCGUAACUAAUCAACACAGAAUUUUGAUUAAUAAUAUCAUAAAUCAAUAUUAUUUAAAAAUUUUACUCUAAUUUUUGACUAUAGAGUAUCGUAAGCAUGUUGACCCGUACUAAUAUACAUAUGCAAUUACAAACUUCAUUAAUGAAGAGAAUUAACACAUUAAUGACAGGUAAUAUCAGAGCAACAAAACGUUCGGAAGUAAAGAAAGAAGAAUCGGAACGUAUGAAACAAUUUCAUGAGAAACUUAAAUUAGAACCGAUACCACGUGUACAACCAGGUGAACGUUUCGUCGAUUUGGUUUUGACAGAAACUGAUCCUGAAACUGGAGAAUUAAUCACAGAUAGCGAAAAGGAACCAACCAAAUGGGGUGAUUGGCAAAUUGGUGGAAGGGAGCCGUUCUAAUAGUUUGAAAUAGUUGCCAUUGUGGAUUAUCUGCUUCUUCUGUUUCUGGAGAUUCCUCUUCUUCGUCAUCACUUUCUUCAUCUUCAUCUGGUAAUAAUGCUGUUUGUGCUAUCAGUGAUUGAGCC